AGAUUUUUAUUUUAUUAAAACAAUGUGCCAGGCACUCUGCUGGGCAACAGGUCACAACAGGGAGGAAAAUAUCCCUGCUUGCAGUCCAGAGAGGGAGACAGAUGCAAUCAGAAGAUCACUAUAAAUGACACCAUCAGUUAAGUGCUCCAAGGGAUAAGCAGGAGGCUGUGAACAGUUUGGUCCUCAGGUUGGCUUCCUUGACACCUUAAUGAUGUGUUUGAGCUGCAACCCAGAGAAGGGGCGGGAGGAAGGUUCCAGAGUAGUGCAUGAGCAGGGGCUAGGUGACCAUGGGAUGGUGUGCAGUAUGUGGUCUGAGAGGUGGCCAGUCUGGCCAGAGCAUGACUCCCCGCCAGGUAGGCCCAGAAGCUCAGGUCCCCAGCACCAAGCUGGCUCCUUUUCACCCAGCAGGAGGGUCUGCACCUGAACUUGACUGCCCCUGCAAUUAGACCACACUGCUUGAAUCCGACUUCCAGUAAGGUCUCCAGGUGCUGGCAGCUGGCACUCUCAGACACCUCCCUGCUUGGCUGGCAGCUGCAUGCAGACUGCCUGGCGCCUGAGCUUGGCUGUUCAUUCCUGAAAUAGGGCUGCUGUGGAGCAUGCAUUCGAAAGGGGGAGUAGCAGGGGUUGCAGGUCUCUGUUGGGGGAACACAGAGCCCUGUGAGGGCAACCUGGCCCAUGAGGGCAACACAGACACUAAGCGAGGGAUAGCAUGCCUCUUCUGCUGACCCCUGGUAGUUUAGUUUCCCCAAAAAACCUACUUCUUAUCUCUCUAUACUUGGUGACAUUGUAUUUUCCUUACCCAUUGACACAUCCAGGCUUUGUUUAUGGCUUAAGAGCAACAGAAGCCAUCAAAGGGUUAAGCAUGGGGUUAUCUGACUGGAUCUGUGCUUCCAAAUGCCUUUAGGGCUGCAGCAUGAAGAAAGGGCUGUAAGGAGAGGGGCAGCAGAAAGGGAGAGACUGUGGAGAGGGGAGCUGGGUGUGGCAGCCCUGCUAUCAGCUCAGGGGUGUCUGGGGCCACAGAAACACCAGGAACCAGCAGCUGUCACUGAGCGCUGAGGUGACCCUAUCCUCAGCACUGGGAGAGGAAGGAUGCCAGGCUGGCCUCAGAGGGCAUGGGCCCUGGUCAGGAUGGAAACAGGGAGGACUUAGAGCAUGUGUCCCUGCACUGAGCUUCUUCCCCAGGUACCCCUUCACCCACUACCCACAAUGAGCCUUGAGAGCCAGAGAUCUGCAAAGGAGGGGCCUCAGAAGGAUGUGCACCUGAGGCUCAUGCUGGCGCCCACCAGGAAGCACAGCAUCUCCCUCUGAGUAUGGGUGCUCCAGCCCCCACAGCCUGAAUCUGCGGCUAUAAGAGAACUGUUUAUCAAGACUCGGGGACAUGGAAGAGGCGCUGGUAUAUCCCUCCACUCCACUCCUCAAAUCUCAGUGCUGUGCCUCAGGACAUGACACCCGCAGAGGACAUUCCCGGAAGCUGAGCAGCCCCCCUUGGAAAUGGUGUGUACAGCCUCCACCUCUCCAGCUCUGGGGCUCUCAUUUCUGCUCCUACAGCCUCCUCCAAGAGGUAGGUGUGGCCUGGAGUCCCCUCUACCUCUGAUAUUUACCUCAGGCUAGGCCUGGGUGAGCUCCCAGGUCUUUACCAGCUUUGUGUGUGUAUUUUUUCAUCUUUAUAUUUCAGUAAGAAAAGUUUAUGAUCAAAAACAAACAAAAAAUGCCUUGUGAUCUGAUCUCCCCCUGACUGGCCUACAUGCUGGGGAAUCCUCUGAGUCUUCCAUCUGUGCCACAGGGUGACCAGCCUCGAUUUCAUAUAGGAGGGCUGUGAAGGUGUGAUGGGUCAUGUGGGCAGACAUGAAGGUAAGAUGCUCCGUGGAAAAGCUGGGUCUGGGCUCUGCAGAUAGUCCUGGGGGCUCUCGGGGAGCAGUAGAGGCUGUCCUUCAUGAGCUUGGGAAAGAAAGAGGGCCUGGUCAGACAGGAGGACAAAGUCCAGAAGCCCGAACCCAGCAAGCUCCCCGAAAUAUACACAUACACACACACACCCAUAUUCACUGGCACGCACACACACACACUCACAUACACACACACACACACACAUUCACACAUGCCUGCCGCCAUCAUCAGGGACCUGUGCCUAAGGGAGCCGGAGGUGCUGAGUGACUGGGCAUGUGCACUCCCAGCUCUCCUACUUAAAGCUGGGAACAGCCCCUUUGACUGUUGAGUCACCAUAACUGUGACACUCUCUACUUUGUGCUUCACUGGACACAGAGAAGCCAUCGGCCCUAAGAACAGGCCGGGUCCACGCCAGACACAGGAGCAGGCAUCCAGUGGACCAGGAAGGAAUGCUGAGGAUGGAGGAAAGCUGCUCCUGCCCUUAAAUUCUCUGUGGGCUUGAGAAAGGACCAUCCCACCUCAGGAUGAACCCUCCUUCACGGCCAAGUGCCCCGCCAGACCCAGCCCUGGAGUCUAGCUGCAUGGCCACUCCAGCCUCCCCCAGCAGAUGGGACAGCUCCCAGAGCAGCACCUCCAGCUUGGGCCACCCUCUGCCCAUCAGCCCCACGGCAGCCAGGGUUCGGGCUGCUGCCUGGGUCCCCUUCCCCACGGUUGAUGUUCCAGAUCAUGCCCACUACACUCUGGGCACAGUGAUCCUGCUGGUGGGGCUGACAGGGAUGCUGGGAAAUCUGACGGUCAUCUAUACCUUCUGCAGGAGCAGAGGCCUCAGGACACCUGCCAACAUGUUCAUUAUCAACCUCGCGGUCAGCGACUUCCUCAUGUCCUUCACCCAAGCCCCUGUCUUCUUCGCCAGCAGCCUUUAUAAGCAGUGGCUCUUUGGAGAGGCAGGCUGUGAAUUCUAUGCCUUCUGUGGAGGUUUUGGCAUCACCUCCAUGAUUACCCUGACGGCCAUCGCCCUGGACCGCUACCUGGUGAUCACGCACCCACUGGCCACUGUUGGGAUGGUGUCCAAGAGGCGGGCGGCGCUUGUUCUGCUUGGCGUCUGGCUCUAUGCCCUCGCUUGGAGUCUACCGCCCUUCUUUGGCUGGAGUGCCUAUGUGCCCGAGGGGCUGCUGACCUCUUGCUCCUGGGACUACGUGAGCUUCACACCGAAGGUCCGUGCCUACACCAUGCUGCUUUUCUGCUUUGUGUUCCUCCUUCCCCUGCUUGUCAUCAUCUACAGCUAUAUCUUCAUCUUCAAGGCCAUCCGGGAGACAGGCCAAGCUCUCCAGACUUUUGGGGCCUGCGAGCGUCGCGGCAAGUGCCCCCGGCAACGGCAGCGGCUGCAGAACGAGUGGAAAAUGGCCAAGAUCGAGCUUCUGGUCAUCCUUCUCUUUGUGCUCUCCUGGGCUCCCUACUCCACUGUGGCUUUAAUGGGCUUUGCUGGGUAUGGACAUGUCCUGACGCCCUACGUGAACUCAGUGCCAGCUGUCAUCGCCAAGGCCUCUGCCAUCUACAACCCCAUCAUUUAUGCCAUCACCCAUCCCAAGUACAGAAUGGCCAUUGCCCAGCACCUGCCCUGCCUGGGAGUGCUGCUGGGUGUGUCAGGCCAGCGCACUGGCUUGUACACCAGUUACCGCUCCACCCACCGCUCCACACUGAGCAGCCAGGCCUCAGACCUCAGCUGGAUCUCCGGACGGAGGCGCCAGGCGUCCCUGGGCUCUGAGAGUGAGGUGGGCUGGACAGACACGGAGGCAACAGCUGCUUGGGGGGCUGCCCAGCAAGUGAGUAGAUGGUCCCCCUGUGGUCAGGGCCUGGAGGACAUGGAAGCCAAGACCUCUCUGGGGCGCCUGGGAUGGGAAGCAGAGGCUCCCGGGAAGACCAAGGGGCUGCUUCCCAGCCUGGACCCCAGGAUGUAGGGUGCCCAUUGGCUCUGCCUGUCUUCUGGGACACAUCCAGCCCCUUCACAUCCCCCUCGCACGCAUAGACCAAGGAUUACCCUGUGGACCUGUGAGCUUUGGAAAUGGCCCUGUCACCCAUGUGUGCUGGAUUCACGGCCCCGUACAACAAAACUGCUCUGCAAAGUGAUCUGCACUUACUUCUCAGCUCAACAGCCUGCUCCCUAGGCUCAGCCUGAAGAGUGGAUGCUCAGGCCCUCCCACUGCCCGGAGUCAUCCGCCUCUCCUCAAAUUCUGAGUGCUGUGAUUGUCCAAGCAAUGACAAUGGCGAUGGCUCUGAGGGACACACCAGCUGUUGAUGAGCUGCCUCUGCCCCUGGGCUAGGCAUCUCACUGGUACAGGGAAGAUAGCAACAUGUCUCCCACAGCUGGCAAUCAAAGCCAAACACAGACCUUCAUGUACUGGAAACUGUUACUCACCUUUGGCUUCCCCCAUGGUACUGUUUCCACCGUGGCCCACACUCUCGUGCACAUGCGCUUUUUCGGACACACUGUCCCGUGUGUACAUUCUCGCAUGCACACCAAGCACGUGAGUGCACACACUACACCUGUGAUUUGAUCCAAAUCAGUGGUCUAAGUUCAUCCCAGGUCUCUGUGGCUUUGGCAGGGUAUAGAAAAAUAAAAAGCAAAAAAGGAAAAUGAAAAGCAGAGAAGGUCUCCAGUAAGCAUGAUCUCUACCUAUUGGUGCCAUGAUAGGAGGGAGACCCAGGGAUGGGCCUCUGAUGCCUGCAGCAGCCUCUCUUCCUGGUCUCUCUCUGUCCCCCACCUUAUGCCUUUCAUGCCUAAAACCCUCAUCUCAAAUUGCAAGGAGCAGAGUGAAGGAGGGACAAAGACCAGGCUUGCCCCCAUCCCUGCUCCUCAAUGAGCUCCUGCUAUUGGGCAGCAGCUCACGCCCGUCUGGCCAGCGUGUACCAGCUGCUUUCUGGCUGGCUUCAGGUCUCCCAGGGGAGGCAGCUAGAGGGAGGCUGGCCUUCCCCUUUAAGAGCAUCCUUCCCGCUACCCCUCCCUUUCCCCAGAGGCGACAUCAGACAUCAGGAGGGUGCCUGGGUCCAGAGAAAGAGCCUGCAGCUCCAGGUACAGCCUAGCCCCGGGGCGCCCCUUCCCUGUGCAGGAUCAUCUCCUCCCUUUCCCCACACUGGCCACGCCCUGCUACUGGGUCCUCUCCUAUCUGGAGUACAGGUGUGUCCCAGGAGGAGGAAAGGGGAUAAAGGGAUGGAUGGGAUGGGGAUAAAGGGGCAGAGGAUAGAAUGGGGGAGGUUGGGGUGCUGGCCAUGAACUCUUGGCCUCCUGGGCAGGAAGGACAGCUACAUAACAAAGGGCAGGGGAGGUGGUGAAGUGCAGAAAAGAACACAGGUCCUUCUCUGGCUAUUGUCACUUGAUAUUUCUGUGACCUUGGGCACAUAACCAAAAACCCCUGUGAUGUGGGGAUACUUUCUUGCCAUGCAUGUUGUAUGUCCUAGGCCCAGAGCAUGAGGUGGGCUACUGGCAGCUGGGAGAUUGCUCACACCCAGGCCUGCACUGAGUCCUCAGGAGCCAGCUCAGGCCAGAGCCCUCCAGCAGGGCAGAGAAUAGCCGGCCCAGCAGUCUUCCCUGAGCCUCAGUUUCCCCAGCAGGGAACCAGGGAGGGCCUUGAUCUACCUCCAGACCACAUGCAGUCUGAGGUCUCUUCUGAGGAAGGGCUUCUGGUCGUAUCUUUGCCCAAAGACCACACUGGCAGGAAUCCCAAGGGGCCCAUCACACUGUCUCUGGGUUAUGGGCUGAACACACCACACACACUUUCCCCUCCCUGCCCCUUCUGGCCCCUUGUCCCAGCAGCUGAGCAAAUGGCCUCUCCUCCCCUCCUCCCUGCCCCCUGCCAUUCUGGCGCAAAGGGCACCAGGGCCUGGCGUGCAACACUGGCAGCUGGAGCUUUCCAUACUGCUGUCAAGUUUUCCAGAGCACAGAUGAGACAGGAGAGCCAGGAAUAACUGCUGGGCCCCAGAGGGUCUGGGGGUGUGGGCCUCCCCCAGACCUGCUUUCAGACCCUUUGCUGAGGAUACAGGCAGGGCCCCCCGCUGCCAAGUUUAGGCAUCACAGGGUGCCUGUAGCCACUGGGAGCCUGUUAUCUGGCACAAGUUCCCAUAGCAAUGAGCUCAGGCUCCAGCAUGGCCUGGGUCUACUACCUGUGUGACCUUGAGGAAGUCACUUAAUCUCUCUGGACCCUGGUUCCUAGAGGAUAAGUGGCAACCUCUUGGGAUCUGAGGGGAUAAGGGUGUGAGGGCCUCAGAGCUGGCAUGGCCUUGCCUGAAGCUGAAGCUCUGUCCACACAAGCUAGAGGCUCAGCUUGGUCCUAGCCACCACCAGGGCUCCACCCUGGAUAAGGGACAACUUCAGGGUCCUCACCAGGGAACACAGGGCAGCAAAGCCCUGGGUCACAAAGCCCCUGGCCUGGGAAGCUCAUCCAUGGUCUUCUAGGCAAGGGGCUAGGUACAGCUGGGUAGAGUCUGGGCUCUCCAGAGGGCGGAGGAAGCAAGAGGAAGAGGGCAGGGAGGCGAGAGCUUUAUCCCUAACCCAGCCAGGCCCCUCUC